AAUGACAUGCACGGGAUAACCUUUAUAUUAUAUUAUUAAAAUAAACACACGCUCGGCGCUCGUCGAAUAGUACACAUUCUAUAUAAACGGAAGUUCUAAUUUUAAACGUCAAAAGAAGUUAUUUUCAUACACAGUAGAUACGUCGUACCGGUCUACGAUUAUUAGUGAAUUUUUUCGAAUAAUAAACCUAUUCUGACUACAUAUUCAACUGAUUUCAUACACGAUCAUGGGGCGGAAGAAAAUCAAAAUAUCUAAAAUCACCGACGACCGAAACCGUCACGUGACGUUCAACAAACGGAAAUUUGGAGUUAUGAAAAAAGCGUACGAACUGAGCGUUUUGUGCGAUUGCGAAGUGGCCAUCAUUAUAUUUAACAAAGCCAAUAGGUUGUACCAGUACGCCAGCACAGAUAUGGACCAAGUACUGCUUAAGUAUACAGAAUACAGCGAGCCUCAUGAAUCAUUGACAAAUGUUAAUAUUAUUGAACAACUUAACAGAAGGGCAGGUAACCGUCUUUCGCGUGUGUCCCCGGAUAACGAGAUAAAAGAAGACAACCACAUAGUUAACCAUUCCAUGCAACAAAAACAAAUGUCUCCUUCCAAAAUGAAAGCCAACAACACAAUAUCGGAUGAAGAAUUUCGACUACUUAUGAAACACAGAGUAGACGAUGAUGAUGAUAAUAGUAACGAGUACGAGUAUAUUUCUACCUCGAUGGGUUCCAAAAACGAUCAAAAAGUUGUAUCGAUAAAACCAAUAAAUAAUCAUAUGACUAAACAACAAAUAGUGAGCGAUUCGGAUUUAAGCGAAGGAGAAAUUAAAAUACACGACGAUGACGAUGAUGACGACGACGAUGAAGACGACAUUGAACCGAAUAGCAAACCGUUGAUUAGAAAAUAUCAUUUGCCCAUAGCCGUGCCUUUGGACCGAGCAAAGACAAACUCUGGUUUGGCCCAACCGAGAUACAGUGCCGGCCCAAGACUUCAAACCACUCCAACUUUUCAAUCGAGUCUGGGAAAAUGCGAAAACAAAUUGACAAACGACGGACGAGUGCGUUAUCGACCUUACAACAUUUUGCAGAGUCAACGAAAAAUUGUCAAUUUGCCAUUAAAAAAAGGCAUGGAACUACCAAACGUGUCUAAGAGUCAUCUCGAUAUCGGCGCGAGGUCGUCGCAUCACACUCAAACAACAUCUCACAAGUCUUUAUUGCAACGACGUAUUUAUAACCAAUCCACCAGACCCGUACAAAUUACCAAGGAAAUAUCGAGUGGCUCAAACGUCAAAAUUGAUUUGACGCAACCGUGCAUCAAAUCAGAAUACGAUUCUUAGAUUUGAUAUUAAAAAAAAAAAAAAUGUCAAACGAUUAACGUUUACAUGCCAUUUUUCCACAUUACAAAAUAGUUAUGACUAUGUGAUUGAUCUAAAGUGUCAGUCAUUUUCAAAUAAGACUGCGUAUUAUCUACCUUCAUAAACGAUUUUGAGAUUCACCAUCGUAUCUCUACAUUGUUGUUGAGCUCAUUAUGGUUUUCAAACUUGCUCCCAUUAAAAACUAUAACGUUUAAACUUACUACAAUUGCAAAUAAUAAUAGUGCCAAUACAACCUGCAUCGGUUUAACUGAACCGACCGACGCAUUCAAUUGUUUCUAUAACUAAAUACUAUUCUUUGUGUUUUAUGCUGUCUAAUUUUUUAAGGUGGUAUUAUUAUGUAGUUUCUAUAUACAUAUAAUAUAUUAAUUAGUUUUUAUGCCCAUUCCAUUUAAUAUAAUAUCACGUGUGAAUUUUAAGAUAGUAUUUUUUUUUUAUUAUAUUAUUAUGUAUUUUUAAUAAUUGCAUCAAUUAAUAUUUUAUGUAAUUUUCUAGUUUUAAUUAGUAUUAUUAUUAUUAAUACAAAUUAUUAUACUUACAAUACAAUAUAUUUAAGUACCUUUUUAUCUUAUGUUCAAAUAGAAUUAAAAGUAAUUUUGACAACAAAA